CAAGGGACGAUCUUGAAGUAUUGUAUUCUUGCGCCUUUUCCCCUGCUCCCCACCUCUGCCUACAUUACCCCCAAUUCGCUAUUUCGAUACCCUUACAAACCUUACAAAUAGUUGUUUUGAUUCUACUCGUUAUCUUCUACAAGAUUAUGGUCAGACAUUAUUUUCAAACAAGAAAAUGUUGCUUCUUUGAUUACCGCACAGUGAUGAAAAAGAUUUAAGAUCUUAGAUAGUAACAGCCUAAUCAUGUCUUGAAAAAUCUUAAUGUUUAGGAUGAAAUUAGACAACACCAACGCGUCGGGAAUGGGUCUUCUUGCUUGUGAGUUGGGGAGAUGAUCAAUCGGACUUCUAAUGUUUAAAUUUACUUGCUGAAACAGUAGAUCUGCUGUUGUAGUCAUCUUACCGAAGAAGUAGAUUGAACAGCUUCACGUUCACUCAAUCACUACCUAAAUCGCAUCAAGAACACCUUGCCCUGGACUACUAAACCUACUUAAAUCGCAUCAACACCUCCCUCGACCCUCGUGGACUAACCUAAAUCGUGGAGUCGAUGUUGGCAUCUGUUGGCGAUGGUGAGGGCCUCAACAAAUACGCGGUUCAUCCAUUGCCGCUACAACACCUCCAGGAGGAAACGAGCGUUUCCUCUGACGAAUUCUCCUCACUUGAAGAGGCCAGCUGUUUUUUAUGGCUCAAAAUGAUUAUACUUUAAGUACGAUUCAUUAUAAUUGCUUUAUUCCGCUCUAAGUUUGACCGGAAGAACGGUGGAAGCUUUGCAUCAGGCAACGUGCUCGAAUAUUAUUCACUUGUUCACUCACUUGUUCAAGUUCAACACUUAUUCACUUGUUCAUCCAAGUUCAACAUGAUAAUAAUAAUUCAUCCAAGUUGUAGGGAGGUCUUCGCAUUUUUCUUCUGUUUCCUCAUAGGGAAUCUGAAGAAAUGGACUGAGGUCGGAAAUUAAUUGCUUUGGAAGUUCUAAGUUUGAUUGGAAGAACGGGGAGUCCGAGUCCGGCGGAAGCUCUGCAUCAGGCAACGUGCUCGACGGCAAGCAACUCGUCUAGCUCUACAGCUCUGUCCUCAAUAGCAUCCACAACGAGUCCAGUUGAGGCGACGCCUUCUGCUUUCAUGAGCAGGACCAGGAGCAGGGAUACGCCUAUGCUAUUUGAUAGGGAUGUGAAAAUUAUGGUUUUUCUAGUUUUUUGUAGUACAACUAGUGUUGGUUGUAAAGGCAGCGGAUGAACAAAUUGAAUAGUAAUUGUGAGUAAACUGAUGAAUUUGAAUAGUAAUCGCGGAUGAAUUUGAAUAAAGUAGUACUAGUCAGUGUUGGUAAAGCGUGAACAGCCACCUGCCUUCGCUUUAGACUCCUUCUACACUUGCAUAGUAACAGUCGUGAGCAACCUGCCAUCGCUUUAGAUUCCUUCCACACUUGCAUAAUUUGUUGUUUUGUUCGACCAUUUGUCUCCUACUCCUACUCCUUUUCCUCCUUCAUAACCUCCAGAGCUGACGAAAUGAGUCAAAGUGGUCCCAACGCGACCAGGAUGAAGAAGGCGCCGCCGCAGUUGGACGAGCCUGCGCAGAUCGAUGAGGCACGAAGGAAUCUGAAGCACGCGCUGCGUACGAUAGAUCCAACUCUGUGCUCAUCAGACAGCAGUGCUCCAGCAAGCAGCCUUGGUCAUACUCCUAUGGGUUGCCUGUCUACAACAGUAUGCGGGAAUCCUGGGACCACGACAAGUACUCCCUCAGGCAUAGUUGGGAGAGGAACUCCAGAUGGAAUUGCAGUACUAGGUCGUCGUGAUGGUAGAGCCAGGAGUCCAAUUUUUUCACCCACUGCACGCAUGGUAGAGGAUGGAAGAGCAGGAGCAUCUAGUACUAGCCAGUUGAUCCCAGGAGAGAAGGUCCCCAUGUUAAGGCUCAACUUUCAAUGGUCAUCGGGGUUGGUCACUGAGAUCGAAGAGGCGACGCCUUGAGAGAACAGGGGAAAACGAAGGGAAAGGGGAGAGCUUUGAAGGGGGUCGCUUCUGUUCGGAGUCCGUGACCAAUGAAUGCUGAGCUUUAACCAUGGUAGUCCUUGUGGGUGGUAGCAGCUCCUCUUGCUCGUCUUCUGCAGCAUCUAGUAGUUUUUUCGGGUUGUCGACAUCAACUACUAGUGGUGGAGGUGCAGACUCGAUGGGAGGACUUGUUUACUCUGGAACGGUAGGUGGAGCAGGAGGAGCUGCUGUAGUACAACCUGUUCAAGAAACUAGCUUCCCCUCUUCUGCAGCUUCAAGUGCAAACCAACAACUCAAUGUGGCCCCAACAACUUCCAAUAUGCUCCUGCUCAGAGAAGGUAUGCAUCCUCCGACAUCUUCGAGUUUCGAUAUGGAGGACAAGCAUCAGCCGUCGUCUUCUCUCUCAUCUAGUAAAGUGAACGUCCUUGCUGCACAGAUCUCUCAAGAUAUAUCAGAUGGUGGGUUUGUGUCGCAGCCGUCUUCAAGUUCUUGUGGUGGCCACCUAUCGCUUUGUGUGUCGGACGAGGAAGGAGCCCAGCUAUGGAACACCUCAGAUUCGCACUGUAGCGGUGACGAGAUCGGUCGUGGCGCGGAUCAUGGUACUACUUCUGUCCUCCUGCUCUAUUGAGUUAUUUGUGAAGAUGUAGGAGGUCGAGGUUUGCUGUUUGCGUCCUUUUUAGAUUGUGAAGAUCUGUAGAUGAUCUUGAUUGACAUGAUUUUCGUGCGGUGAUCAAUCAUCCUCUAACUCCUACAAGCUCACUCCACCCUCUCUCCAGCGACAGGACACAGCGCGCCUUCAAAAGACCCCCCGCCUUUCGCGACACCGGAACAGCAAGGGAGUCGUGGCCUCUUCCAAUUCGGACCCGGUCUAGGUGGCGAAGUGGCCAGGCAGUACUCAAAAGCCCUGUUUCCUGAUGUGUUAGUACUACCACCUGUACAAGUUGUUACGCAACCCCGACUCGAAGGUCACGACCACGAGGCGGAGUCAACGUCACUUACAGAUCAGGCGAGAUCAUUUUUGCAAGGUGGAGCGAUUUCAUCUACAUCAGGUGUUGUAGUUGCUUCUAGUGGUUCAUCUGGUGCACCUUCUAACCUGUUUGGAGGAGCUUCAUCCUCUCUGUUUGCAGAAAAUGGGAGUGGAACAAGCGGCUUGUUUGGCGGAAGUGGGAUAGAAUUGGCAGCGACAGAUACUAGUUCGAAUUCUAUAGGUAGUUUGUAUGGAGGCUUUGGUGCUGGUAUAGGAAUUAUGGGUCGUGGUGGCACUUCUAUACCUAGUACGACGUUUCUGAGAGCAGGCGCAGAAGGACAGAGAUCAGCUGCUGUCGGUGGAUCCAGUAGUGCAGUGAGUAAGAUGAAGAGCAAGGAAGAUCUUUCUAAGUCGCCACCUACUCCAACAUCAGCCGGUCCCCCAAGGUAUAACCUUCAGAAACCUACAGCUCCUGGAACUUCUAGUCCCAGGCCCAGCAGUAGUAUACAAGUCUCUGCAGCAUCCUCUACAGGAGCUGGUCAGGCAGUGCAGCACCAGGUGACGAAAAGCAAUAGCUACCACAAUAUGACUCCGAUGGCGACUGGGAACUUCCUCUUUGACUUGAUGCUGACCAGAGGAGCUGCGCAACAACAACAUCUCCCCUCGACAUCGGUCAAUCAAUCGAGGCAAACGUCACGUCAGGCACCACCGAUUGCGUCGCCAGUGCCACAGAGAGCAUUUGCAGUUGGAGCAGAGGGCCCAGUUGCUGGGGGAGCUUUAUCACGGCGACCAGGAGAAGAUGCUCGAACAAUGAUAGGAAGUGGUGCAAGUAACGGCCAAACCGCUGCUACUGCCAUCGGCACUGGUGCUGGUUGUAAUAUCUUUGGUUGUACUCCACCAGGAGGGCCAGGAGCAACAACUAGUAGUUACAGCAGUCCUCCACCCAAGAAUAAUUCCUACUUUGCACACAAAAAUAAUGCCAACGACAGCGACACUGCUUCUAUGCUUCCUAAUUCAUGCUUCUUGCCGCCAUCAGGAGGAACAGGUUCUUCAGGUGGCAGUAGAGGCGCCUUGAGCCGUAGCUGUUCGCCGCCACUACCACCUGGCGGUUUUGCAGCGAAUGGGUUAUACGACGGUACGGAUUGCAUAGAACUUGGAGCUAGCGGUACUGGUUCCUCAUCCUUCGGAUCUGAUGAUGAGGAUGAUGACCUCGACAUGAUGUUUCGUGCUAGGUCACCGAGGAUGUUGAAGAUGACCUACAGCACUCCUCUCGCCACGACAGGUUGCAGCUCCUCAUUAAGGCUCGGCAUUUAGAUUGGGGUCAUCAUUUAGAUUGGGGUCACUGAAAUCGAAGAGGAGACAGACCCCCUGAGAGAACAGGGGAAAUAAACUAAGGGACGAAAUAAACAAGGGGAGUAGAGGCAUGGGGCACUUUUCUUUCAGAAUCAGUGUUGACCACUGACUGCUGAGCUUUAACCUCAGCAUCCGCUUCAGCUCUAGCGCCAGGAGGUCAGACACCACUGAGUCGAAAAAGCCGAACCAACAUGAAUCCACGCUUAGCUGCGGCAAACCGGCCACUGCAAUUAACUGGGAGUUUCUGUGCUGAUUUCUUGGAGAAGUUAAGGGAUGGAGAUGAUGAUAUUCGGAUAGGCCAUCUAGCGCCAAGGAGAGGACUAGGAUCGGCGGGUAGUGCGAAGAAUUUCCUGAACCAGUAUCGGCAUCAUUUGUACAGAAGGUACCUGGACGACGAAGAAGAAGAUGAUGAGGAGGAUGCUGAUUAUGGUUUGUUUUUUCGUUUUCCCUGGACUACAUCUAGACUUCAUGCACUUUACAGGGCUAAUUGAGUCUAGUUCUAGUUCUAGUGAAGGUCUUUCUAACACCAAGACGAAGACCUGUAUUCCGGUAGCAGGAGAAAGAGGAGUCCUCGGAGGCGACUGGGAGGUGACGGGAACCAACACAUCGACAUGAACAAGAACAACCUCGAACCCCCAGGCCUUCCACCCCAGCACACUUCGUCUCUACCAGUAACGCUCACGACCGUUAAGCAGGGUUUCCAAAUUACAUCCCCCUUGGCCUAUUCUCUAUUCUCUAGCAGAAAAAGGGAAAAGGUGGUCAAGGAUCUUCUGAGGAAUGUAAUUUUGCAACCUCUAACACUGGCCAUCUACUGCCAGCGCCCUCAAAUAAACUGCUAGACCCAAACACUUCUGAUGCCCAACUCCGGCAACUUCAUCCAUCUGCAUCGGUAGACAAUUCAUCGGCUUCCCUUGGUCGAUCGUAUUACGAUCGACAGGGACGGACGCAAGCAGGUGGUGGAGUGAAAAAGCGGAGACGAGGAGGUGGUGGGAAUAGUACUAUCUCAAAAGCCAAUGAAGAAUUACACGCUUUGUUUGCUUUUCAGGGAUAG